GGGUGGACGGACGGACGCGCGGACGCGGUCCCGGCCCCAUGGCAUUCGCGCUGCUGCGCCCCGUCGGCGCGCACGUGCUGUACCCCGACGUGCGGCUGCUGAGCGAGGACGAGGAGAACCGCAGCGAGAGCGACGCGUCCGACCAGUCGUUCGGCUGCUGCGAGGGCCUGGAGGCGGCGCGGCGCGGCCCGGGCCCCGGGGGCGGGCGGCGGGCGGGCGGCGGCGGCGGCGGCGGCGGCGGCGGCGGUGCGGGCCCCGUGGUGGUGGUGCGACAGCGGCAGGCGGCCAACGCGCGGGAGCGGGACCGCACGCAGAGCGUGAACACGGCCUUCACGGCGCUGCGCACGCUCAUCCCCACCGAGCCGGUGGACCGCAAGCUGUCCAAGAUCGAGACGCUGCGCCUGGCGUCCAGCUACAUCGCGCACCUGGCCAACGUGCUGCUGCUGGGCGACGCGGCCGACGACGGGCAGCCGUGCUUCCGCGCGGCGGGCAGCGCCAAGGGUGCCAUCCCCGCCGCAGCCGCCGCCGCUGCCGACGGCGGCCGCCAGCCGCGCUCCAUCUGCACCUUCUGCCUCAGCAACCAGCGCAAGGGGGGUGGCCGCCGGGACCUGGGAGGAAGCUGUUUGAAGGUGAGGGGGGUGGCCCCCCUUCGAGUGUCAAGAAGAUGAAUCUGACGCCUAUGGCACUUGCUCCAAGCGGGACCCUCGAGAGGGAACCAGAAGCCGGCCACCCACUGGACAGGGAGAAGACGCCGGGCGCUGAACCCCAGCCUCCUUUGUGAGGGACAAGAGGACAAUGGCCGGGGCA